AUGACUGCCGCAUACCGACCCCAGAGCCAACCUGGAUCUGCAGCAUCUCCUGUCUCUGUGCUGCCCAUGCUGAGAGGAGAUGUGGUUAUUCGACGGGGGCAAUAUUACUGGGAGGUGGAUGUCUGCAACAGCGCCCUCUACAGAAUAGGUGUGGUCUCUCGGGACAACAGUCGUUCCUGGUGGUUUGAACGGCGAGGUUUUUGGUUUUCGGCCGUGUACGACGACACAUCGGAGCCCGUCUGCAGCGCCCCCCCCGGGAUCAAGACCAUCGGACUCUUCCUCAACGUGAGCGGAGGCGCGUUGAGCUUCUACAACGCACUUUCCCAGGAACACCUCGUGACUUUACCCACGCGUUUCCACCCGGGGAGGGGAGUGGUGCCCGCCUUCGCUCUGGGACAGGGCAGGCUGAAGAUUCGCACUGGUUUGACUCCGCCUCCUCUAGUGUUUUGCUGUAAGGACUCGGGAUACAGGGGGGCACAGGGCGCGGAUAGGAACGUGUGGAGGAGAGAGGUGGCGUUUAGGUCGGUGAGGAAGGUGGUGGAGAAGUUUGAACAGCUGGCUUCGUCACACUGA